AUGUCCCAAUCCUUCACCCCCGCCGACGUGGCCGCCCACAACAACGCCGACAAGGGCCUUUACAUCAUCAUCGACAGCAACGUCUACGACGUGACCGCCUUCGUCGACGAGCAUCCCGGCGGCGCGAAGAUCCUGAAGCGCGUCGCUGGUAAGGACGCUUCGAAGCAGUUUUGGAAGUACCACAAUGAAGGCGUCCUCAAGAAAUAUACACCCAAGUUGAAGAUCGGUGAGGUGAAGGAUGCGGCGAAGUUGUGA